AUGGAUGAACCAGUGGAAGAUGGAGAAAACAACCCUUUCCUCGUCACAAGAACUCAGGAAAAUAAUCAGAUGACUGACAAGUACUUUGAUUUGAAAAACCCUAUGGAGUGGGAUAUCGUCGGGUUCCACCGUUUUUUUAUAGAAAAAAACAAAGAUAGACCGGAGAAGCUCGAUUACAAGACGGCCGCAGACAAACUCACCAGGAGUUUGCGAGAUAUUGUGAGCACAUCAGCCAAUGCUGAUACGAUAAGGCAGGCAUUAAAUCUUCAGGAAAAAGCUAAGCCGUGGUCAUAUCAACGGUUUAGUUGGUUUGGCUCUCUACAACUACGCGGGAAUUCUGCUGAUCGAGCACGUCGAAAAGGAGGACCUUUAGAUAAGAUGUGGGUAUCCGUUGAAGUCGAGCUAAAAGAGAAGAAAUUAACAGAUCUUCAGUUACAUGGACUACUACAGGCAACGCAGGAGAGUCAAAAUUAUGCGAGUACGUUAAAUCGCGGUGCCUUGAAUAGGCUAGAGGACGUCAUCGAUUCAAAUAAGCAUAAGAGUGAACCUGUUGACUUGAAGAGAAAAAUGACAGAAUCCAAUGCGCCACAAACGCCACGAAAGAAAGGCCCACAUGUCUCAUUCUCAGCAAUCUCACCGCAUAAACCGCUCCUGACAAAGGAGAUGAUGGCAAAUCUUGCGCCAACAUUAGUACCAGGGUUGAAAUCGCUUAUAUCAAAUCUUGAAGUUCAACACGAAGACAUUGCCAAAGAAAUAAAGCGUCAUUCGUGCGACCAAGUCAAACUAGUCAGCUUGCCGGCAUCACUAGUCACAUGGCUACGUUUUGUUCUUGCUAGUACUGUAGACGAGUUUGAUGAGAAGGUGAAUAUGCAAUUAAAGGAUGCUAAUGAGUAUGAAAAUGACUUGCGUAUUGUCUUUCGGGGUACAUUAAUCGACUUUCAUACCAUGAUCCGCCGUGCAAAAAGUCACACUAUUGAAAGGCACGCAUCCGAAAGAAAAUUUAUAUUAGAACAGGUUUCUAUUCCAUUCAAGUAUAUCGAAUAUGUAUUUGAGCUGGUAACAUUUAACUGGGUGGGGAAAAAUAUGAUGAUGACUAAGGCAUUGCAAUUUGUCGAAGAUCCGGACAAGAAAACGACGACUUACAAAACAAUCGAGGUAUCUGGCGGACCAAUUGAGCAGGAUCGUCCCCAUACACUGGGAGAUACCAAGAAGACAUUGCUGGAAGGAUGUGAGAUGCUUCAAGGUACACUACAACAAUAUCUUGAUGCGUCUCUUGACGCGGCUAAAAAACUAAAAUUUUAUACAAUGCAAGUAAUAGUUGACCGGAUUGUCCUAGUCGAAAUUUCUGUGCAUGAAUCUGGCUUUAAAGCCGUAGAAAAAAAUCUUCGCGAUCAGGAGAAAGUAAUUAACGUGAUGGCCAGUGAGCAUCGCGGUAUAAUUGAGGUUAAGUCUAUCACAGUUCGCCAGUGGCUAAAAAGUGUACAAGAUACUUUGAACAAUAAUUCUGCGAUUUAA